AUGAACAGGAAAACCAGGCGCUGGAUAUUCCACAUCUUUAUGAGUCUAGGGAUUGUCUAUAUCAAAAUAGGGGGUCUUUCUUCGGUCGUGGCUUUGGGAGCCAGUAUCAUCUGCAACAAAAUCCCGGGCUUGGCUCCAAGACAGAGGGCUAUCUGUCAGAGCAGACCCGAUGCCAUCAUCGUGAUCGGGGAAGGCUCCCAAAUGGGAAUCAACGAGUGUCAAUUUCAGUUUCGCAAUGGUCGGUGGAACUGCUCCGCCUUGGGAGAGAGGACCGUCUUUGGAAAAGAGCUGAAAGUGGGUAGCAGAGAAGCAGCGUUCACCUAUGCCAUCAUUGCUGCUGGAGUAGCCCAUGCCAUCACUGCUGCCUGCACCCAGGGGAACUUGAGCAAUUGUGGUUGUGACAAGGAAAAGCAAGGACAGUACCACAAAGACGAAGGAUGGAAAUGGGGAGGCUGCUCUGCAGACAUCCGAUAUGGAUUAGGAUUCUCCAAAGUGUUUGUGGAUGCGAGGGAGAUUAAGCAAAAUGCAAGGACUCUCAUGAAUUUGCACAACAAUGAGGCUGGGCGAAAGAUCCUUGAAGAGAACAUGAAGUUGGAAUGUAAGUGCCAUGGAGUGUCAGGAUCAUGCACUACUAAAACAUGCUGGACAACUCUUCCUAAAUUCAGGGAGCUGGGCUACAUCCUUAAGGACAAAUACAAUGAAGCUGUUCAGGUUGAACCUGUGCGGGCAAGUCGUAAUAAGCGUCCCACUUUUCUGAAGAUAAAGAAACCGCUCUCCUAUCGUAAACCGAUGGAUACAGACUUAGUCUACAUAGAGAAAUCACCCAACUACUGUGAAGAGGAUCCUAUGACUGGCAGUGUGGGUACGCAGGGCAGAAUGUGCAACAAAACAGCCCAGCAGACCAAUGGCUGUGACCUGAUGUGUUGUGGACGAGGUUAUAAUACUCAUCAAUAUUCCAGAGUCUGGCAGUGCAACUGCAAAUUUCACUGGUGCUGUUAUGUCAAAUGUAACACAUGCAGUGAACGAACAGAAGUCUACACCUGUAAAUGAAAGUGUGGCUUUGGCAGGGCAACCUAAAGCCUUGGAGUACACACCUCUUUUUGCACAUAAGCUCAGUGUAUCUAAAUAAUAC